UUUAAAACCGGAAGUCUUGUGUGACGUAGUUCCGCUCCGUGUUUUCUUGUAAACACACAGAAACCAGCUCGUGACGUUAAAAGUCGACGUCAUCACCUGUCGGACCACACGCGCUGAGCUCCAGUGACGUCAGCAGAGACACUUCCAGUCGCGCGCGCUGUCUCUCUGUCUCGCGGAAUGACGUCAGACUGACAGUUAGCAGCGUGCUAAGCUAACGGCGGGUCAGCUAGCCUCGUUAGCUUCAGCUCCACCUGUCUCCGUCACCUGUCUCCGUCACCUGUCACCUGUCUCCGUCUCCCAGCUGUCUCUCUCAUGCUGGGCUCGGUUCGAUGGGGAACUGUCUGUUUUCUCAAGGUUCGGACGACCUGUCGCUGCUGAACGAGUCCGAGGGCGGCAGCCUGCCCGGAGAGCCUCCGCCCCCGUACCAGGAGCGCACCCAGCCGCUGCCCGUGUACCAUCCCACCCCCGGCGAGAGUCGUCUGGCCUGCCAGCUGACCGAGGAGGAGCAGGUCCGCAUCGCCCAGCGGAUCGGGCUCAUCCAGCACCUGCCCAGAGGCAUCUUCGACCCGGGCUCCGACCCCUCUGACAAGAAAGUGAAAGAGUGUGUGAUCUGCAUGAUGGACUUCGAGUACAGCGACCCCAUCCGGUUCCUGCCCUGCCUUCACAUCUACCACGUGGACUGCAUCGACCCCUGGCUGAUGCGCUCCUUCACCUGCCCCUCCUGCAUGGAGCCGGUGGACGCGGCCCUGCUGUCGUCUUACGAAACCGCCUGAGCGGCCCCGUGACGGUGCCGGCUGCUCCCCGCCUCAGCGUAACCUUUUCUUUAGCCCAAACUGUCCGACGCUGUUCAGACCGGUAGCCGAGAUGAUGUGGCGUUGUGCAGAUGUUUGGAGUGUGGCAGAUGUUUCAGCCUGUGCAGUAGAUCUGAGAUGCACCGUUAGGGCUUCUGAAACUCUUUUGCCUUUUUCAGUAGGACGAUGUGCCAAAACACGCUAGAUGAAGAAUCUGGAGCUGUAGCAAAACAUUACAAAACAUUACAAAACAUUACAAAACAUUACAAAACAUUAC